AGGAACUCUGGCAGCGAAAUCACUUGGAAGGAUUUUGUCAAUAAUUACCUUUCUAAAGGAAUGGUGGACAGACUAGAAGUAGUGAACAAGCGCUUUGUUAGAGUGGUCUUUACUCCAGGAAAGUCUCCUAUGGAGGGGCGAUAUGUCUGGUUUAAUAUUGGUAGUGUGGACACUUUUGAGCGGAAUCUGGAAACUGCACAGCUAGAGUUUGGAAUAGAAGGGGAGAACAGAUUACCUGUAGUCUACUCAGCAGAAAGUGAUGGCUCGUUUCUUCUGAGCAUGCUGCCCACAGUCCUUAUAGUUGGCUUCUUACUGUACACAAUAAGACGAGGGCCCGCUGGCAUGGGUCGAACAGGGCGAGGAAUGGGUGGACUCUUCAGCGUAGGUGAAACCACAGCCAAGGUCCUAAAGGAUGAAGUAGAUAUAAAGUUCAAAGAUGUAGCUGGCUGUGAAGAGGCCAAAUUAGAAAUAAUGGAGUUUGUUAACUUUCUGAAAAACCCAAAGCAAUAUCAGGAUCUAGGAGCAAAAAUCCCUAAGGGGGCCAUUCUGACGGGUCCUCCAGGCACUGGGAAAACACUUCUAGCUAAAGCUACAGCAGGAGAAGCUAAUGUUCCUUUCAUUACAGUCAAUGGCUCUGAGUUCUUAGAGAUGUUUGUCGGCGUGGGUCCAGCUAGAGUCCGUGAUUUAUUUGCUCUGGCCCGUAAAAACGCCCCUUGCAUUCUCUUCAUUGAUGAAAUAGAUGCAGUAGGAAGGAAGAGAGGACGGGGAAACUUUGGAGGGCAAAGUGAACAAGAAAACACACUCAACCAACUUCUAGUAGAAAUGGAUGGAUUUAACACUACCACAAAUGUAGUCAUUUUGGCAGGCACCAAUAGACCAGAUAUCUUAGAUCCUGCACUAAUGAGGCCAGGGCGCUUUGAUAGACAGAUCUACAUUGGACCUCCAGAUAUAAAGGGAAGAGCAUCUAUUUUCAAAGUUCACCUCAGGCCCCUGAAACUAGAAAGCAUCAUAGAUAAAGAUAACCUGGCAAGAAAACUUGCAGCACUAACUCCCGGGUUUUCAGGUGCUGACAUUGCUAAUGUUUGUAAUGAAGCUGCUUUGAUCGCUGCAAGACACCUUUCGAAUGCCAUAAACCAAAAGCACUUUGAGCAAGCGAUUGAACGAGUAAUAGGAGGUUUGGAAAAGAAAACGCAGGUACUACAACCCGAGGAGAAAAAGACAGUAGCAUAUCAUGAGGCAGGCCAUGCAGUAGCAGGAUGGUUUCUGGAACAUGCUGACCCACUCUUAAAGGUAUCUAUUAUCCCACGUGGCAGAGGAUUGGGUUAUGCCCAGUAUUUACCCAAAGAACAAUACCUUUACACCAAAGAGCAGUUACUCGACAGAAUGUGCAUGACGCUGGGAGGACGUGUGUCAGAACAAAUCUUUUUCGGAAGAAUUACAACAGGAGCCCAAGAUGACUUGAAGAAGGUGACUCAGAGUGCAUAUGCUCAGAUCGUUCAGUUUGGCAUGAAUGAAAAGGUAGGGCAGAUUUCCUUUGAUCUCCCGCGUCAAGGGGACAUGGUAUUGGAGAAACCUUACAGCGAGGCAACUGCAAGACUGAUUGAUGAAGAAGUGCGAAAUCUUAUUAACAGUGCCUAUGAAAGGACAGUAACUCUCUUGACGGAGAAGAAAGCAUAUGUGGAGAAGGUUGCUUUACGACUGUUGGAGAAGGAGGUAAUAGAUAAAAGUGAUAUGGUUGAACUACUUGGCCCAAGACCAUUUGCAGAAAAAUCUACUUACGAAGAAUUUGUUGAAGGCACAGGCAGUCUAGAUGAGGAUACUUCACUCCCAGAAGGCCUUAAAGAUUGGAACAAAGAUCGUGAAAAAGAGAAGGAGAGCACAGAUGAACAGAUUGCCAGGCAGAUAACAGGAGGGAUACCAUUUUAGUUUUGAAGUUGAUUUCUUAUGAGAAAAUUUUGGCCCAACUCGGAGGUCUUUAUUUCAGCAAAACUCCUACUGACCUGAAUGUAAGCUUUUCCUGAGUUAGUACACCAGGAUUAUUCCUCAU